GGUGAGAUAAGUAAUACUAUCAUGUACUGCAUGAAUUUGUUUGGAAGAGUUGCGGUAUCUGGAGCUAUAUCUGCAUAUAAUGAUAAAAGUAUCCCAACAGCAACUAUUGCUCAGUACCCGCUAUUGUCUCAUCAGUUAAGAAUGGAAGGUUUUAUCGUCCAUAGAUGGGCAGACCGCUGGUUUGAAGGUAUCAAACAAAAUAGAACUUGGAUACAAGAAGGAAAGUUAAAAUAUCCUGAGACUGUGACAGAGGGUUUUGAAAACAUGUUUAAAGCUUUCACUGAUAUGUUGAAUGGUGUAAAUUUCGGGAAAGCUAUUGUCAAAGUCUAAUGACAGUUAACUACAUUUUUUAAAUAAACUACAAAAAAAUGGCUUAUCUUUUUUAAUUACA